CAGAUACAGGAUACAAUGAGAGCUCUGUUGUGCGCCGCCUUAUUGGUCUUAGUGGCCCUCUCUUCGGCUAAAAAAGCCCAAGAAAAGAAACGUAGCACCGGAUUCGAAUACGGAGCUGGUCUCUCCGGUCUCUCUGGUUACUCCAGUUUGGGAGGAGGACUUUCCUCCGGAAUCAGCGGUGACUUUGGCAGCAGCUACAGCAGCUACAGCUCCUCAUCCCUCGGUGGUGCCGGUUUGGGUCUCGAUGCCGGUCUCGCUGGUGCUGGUAUUGGCAUCGGUGCCGAUUACGGUGCUAGCUACGGUGCUGGUUCCCUCGGUCUUUCCGGUUUAGGUUUGGGUAGCCUUGGAUCCGCCCAGUACUAUUCUUCCUACUCUGGUGGUGCUGACCUCGGCUCUGCCGGUCUCUCCGGACUCUCCGUUGGUGCCGGUUACGGUGACGCUGGUUUGGCUAUUGGUAGCGGUUUGGGAGUAUCCAGUGGAUUGGGAGUAUCUAGCGGUUUGGGAAUUUCUUCUGGAUUUGCCAGUGGAGCCGGUUUCGGUUUCGGAGGUGAAAACACCGAAACUAAGGUCAGGAAAGUCGUACAACACGUCAACGUACCAGUCAAGACCCCAUACCCCGUAACCGUCACCAAGGCUGUACAAGUAGCCCAACCCUACCCAGUACAAAUCACCAGGACUGUACCAGUCGUACAACAAUCCAAAGUAGCCGUCUCUGUACCAAAACCAUACGCCGUCAAGGUACCAGUACAAGUACCAGUCGCCGUUAAGGUCAACUACCCAGUCGAAGUACCAAAACCAUACGCCGUAGUCGUUACCAACAAGGUAGCCGUCCCAGUUGACAAGCACGUCAUCGUCAAGGUACCACACACUGUCCAUGUCCCAGUACCAAAACCAUACGCCGUCAAGGUACCACAAGUCCAAGUCGUCCCAGUACCCCAACAAAUCUCUGUCCGUGUUCCACAAGUCGUCCACCAAGGAACUGAACACACCCACAGCACCUUCCCCGUACAAGGAGCUUCCCUUGAUGUCUCCUCUGUCGGUUUGGGCGCCGGUGCAGGAAUCGGUUCCGGAUUCGGCGUCUCCUCCGGAUUGGGAUUGGGUGUCGGCUCUUUGGGCUCUGGCAUCAGCACUGGAUUUUCCUCUGGUGCCGCUGAUCUUGGCGUAAGCUCCGGAUUCUCCGCCGGUGCCGCUGAUUUGGGCGUCAGUUCUGGCUUCUCCUCUGGAAUCUCCUCCGGAAUCUCCUCUGGAAUCUCUUCCGGAAUCUCCUCUGGAAUCUCCGACUUCAGCGUAUCUUCCGGUUCCGCUGGCCUCGAUGCCGGAUUCUCUGGCAUCGGCGCUGGUCUCUCCGGCGGACUUGGCUCCGGCUUCAGCUCUGGAUUCUCCUCCGACGUAUCUUUGGGAUCUGGCUCCUCCUUCGGCAUCUCUGGAGGUGAAGUAAUCAACGCCGCCGCCGACUCCGUCAGCGUCAGCUCCGACGAAGGCUACUCUUACUCCGCCCCUGGAACUCAGCUCGUACGCAGAGACACCAAGACCAAGAGUGAAAAGAAAAACUAAGCUUAAUGUAAAUAAUUAAAUAAAAUAUAAAAUAUCCCUUA